UCUACCUCAUAAGUUUAAUUUAAUAAUCACAUUAGAUUAGGACAAUAAAUUAAUUCAGGUAUGAGAAUUGAGAAGAUGCAUAAAAGAUUGACCAGUAGCUUCUAUUGCUCUUAUGUCAAUGCAAUUCAAACCGAGAAAACCACUGCUACAAUUUUAACAUUUCACAACACUUUACUAAGCAACGGUUGAAAACCUGUUCUUAAAACAUCAAAUAGUUAACUACGAAAAUUUUUCAAAGAAUUUAUUUGAGUUUGUUUUAUGAUAGAUAGAUACACUGAUAGAUACAUUAAAUUUUUGGGGUAGAACACAAUUCUCUAAUUGGAGGAUAACUUAAUAUUUUGAUAUUUGUAAAAAAGUCUCCCUAUUUACUCUUUAGAACAUCUCCAAAGGUGAAUCUAAUGAAUUUUUAGUAGAAUUUACACAUCAUUUUGAAAUAUCUCAACUUAUUUUUUAUUCAAAUGAUGUAACUCUUAAGAAUUUAUAUUGGGUCAUGCAUAUUUAACUCAUAUAUUAAUAUUUUAAUAUGUUCAUAGUAACUACAAAAUUAUUGAACGAGUAUAUUUUAAUAUGUUUGCGGCACUGAAAAAUUGUGAUAAAAUAUCUUAAAAUUGUUGGAGCAGAUUUAAUAGUUAGUUAGAGUAUAUAUGUUAUUAGUUUCAUAAGUUAGUUAUAACUCUUUGUGAACUAGUGAAGCAUUGUUGUUAGAAAGUAGGUAAUAGUUAAUCAUUCUUAAGCUCUAUAAAUAAAGCAUGAUCUUAAUCCAAUAUGUUUUUAAUUCAAUUGUAUAUGAAUUCUCAAGAAUAUCAAUAUGUUCUCUAUCUUAUUCAUCAUUAUGAUAUUACUUCCCUGAUCAAUGGAUUUCUAACAUGGAACUCCAAUGGCAAACCAACCAAAAAGCUACUUCUUCACCUCAAAGAAUUUUAAACAAUUUUCCACUGCGGGUGCUCUUAGCUUUUAUAUUUGGUAUUCAUUUUAAAGGUUGAGCCACUUCUGCACCAAUACCAACCCUAAUUUGGAGUUUGUGGCCCCAUUGAAUAUUUUCCAUACUUGACAAUGAUUAUGACAAUAUGAUCAGACCGGUUCUUGGCAUAAUCAAGUAAAGAGUUUCUUCUCCCUCCCUAAUAUUCUCUUGAUCGGUCAAUUCAGAUGUGUUUUUUGAUCAAAAUACAUCUUUGGAUUGUCCAAUCCGAAUGUGUAUUUUAGAAGCUUUUGAGAACAUAGGGAUGAUAAAAGAAACUACCAUUAAAUAUUGUUCCCCUUAGAUUAUUUAGCUCGGCUGACCCUUUGAACCUGAUCUCUAGGCCCAAAUAGUUUAAUAUCAAACAAUAGCAACAAUAAUUAAAUUAUUUACCUAAAAAAGUCCUACACUUAUUUAUCAUUCGUUGAAAACUUGUUUACAUAUGUUGUUUAUCUGGAAUUAAUCAAUGUUGUGUUGACUUUGCUAACGGGAAGAAGUGGGAAGCUGGUAAUAUUGAAUUGAUUUGUUUAAAGCUGAAAAGACAGAUUGAAUAGUUUAUUUAACAGUGAAAAAUAGAAUCUAGAAUAUUGGAAAGCAUGUACGUGCAAGCAGUGACCAAAACCUGUCUUCAAGUUCCUCGUACUCUUCCCUUGUUUCCACUGUCCAAGACGGCACACAUAUAUAUAUACAGAUAUCCCACUACUAUUUAUGUGCCCCGAAUAUUCUUAGCAUAUUUUCUUGAUGUUGUCACAGUGAGAAACAUGACUAGUGUUGUGUUCUUGAAUCAUUGGUCCAUCAUCUUAUUGAUCCAUGCCACUACCAUUUUAUCAGGAGCACAUUAUGCACUUUUGUGCAUCACCCUUGAACUUCAAACUUCACCAUAGUACUUGUGCAAGAGUACUUUUAUUGGAGCAUAGACAUAUUGACUUGAACAUAAAUGGAGAGUACUUCUUCUCCUUCUUGCAUCAUUGUUGCUUGUGACGCCACAAGGGACCGCAAUGAGCACGAGAUCAAGCUCGUUAUUGAUCAUAUGCGUUCCAAGGGUAUCAUUCUCUCUGCUGGUGUCAGGUUGCUUAUGCUCUGCAUCUUGCAUAAGGUGUCUCACCCCAUGGGGUACCAGACAUUAGCAUCUCCGGAGACUUUUGCUGGCACCAACUUUCGUGCAAUGGAGGAAGAAGUCAGAAAAAAAGUGCAUGUAUAUGCAAAUGAGCUUUUAUCAAGUCUUGAAGAUUUUGAAAUUGAAGGGGUUACCUUUGACAUUCAAGUCACAGCAGGUUUUCCAAUUAGACAGAUUAUUCUGCAAGAGGUUAAAAACUAUAAAGCAUCUUGGAUUAUACUUGAUAGACACCUUCGGCGCGAUAUGAGAUUCCACCUUAACAAGAUACCAUGUAAGGUUGCAUUGGUUAAAGAUGACUUGUCUGUGGAUUUAUGGAGAUGUCAUAAUGCAGAUGACACAAAUGUCACAGAAACAAAGCCUGUCUAUUCUUUGUCCAAGUUUGUUUCAUUAUCAGAUUGCCAUAGCAUGCAAGACAUUGAGCAGUGUAUUAUCUCUUGCAAAAGUUAUCCACAUUCAAUAGCUUCUUCUGAUAGCUCUGGUUCUAUUAAGAGCUAUUCGAUGCAUUCAUAUGCCAACAGGUCAUCCGAGCGCAACUCAUUAGUUUCUAGAUCUUCUUCUAAGCAUGAAAGAUCAGGUAUAAACAUCACAGGAGAAUAUAGAAAUCUCAUUACUUCACAAAUUGGCCAAAAGCAAAACCAAUGUGGCUUUCUACCAAAAUCUUCAGAUGCGCCAAUUCUAUGUACUGGUUGUGGAAUAAGGACAGGGUUAUCAAUCAAGGAGUCAAAUAGGUUCAGCUAUUCUGAAAUACAGCUUGCAACAAAUGAUUUUUCAAAGGAUAACUUAAUAGGUGAAGGUGGAUAUGGUCAUGUAUACAAGGGUGUGCUUAAAGAUGGACAACAAGUUGCUGCAAAAGUAAGGAAAGAUGAAAGUACACAAGGGUUUUCUGAAUUUCAUUCUGAGGUUUAUGUCUUGAGUUUUGCUAGACACAAGAAUAUAGUGAUGCUGUUGGGUUAUUGUUGUAAGGAAAAUAAAAAUAUUCUGAUAUAUGAAUAUAUUUGCAAUAAGUCUCUUCAUUGGCAUUUAUUUGAAAAUACUGAAGCAGUUCUUGAUUGGCCUCAAAGAUAUGGUAUUGCACUUGGGACUGCAAAGGGAUUGCGUUUUCUACAUGAGGAAUGUCGAGGUGGUCCUAUUAUUCAUAGGGACAUGCGACCAAGCAAUAUACUUCUCACUCAUGAUUUUGUUCCCAUGUGCAUGAUGCAGCUGGGUGACUUUGGCCUUGCCAAAUGGAGUACUGGUGAUGAUCCUAUGCAAACAAGGAUAAUGGGCACAUUUGGAUACCUUGCUCCUGAGUAUGCUGAAGAUGGUAUUGUUUCUGAAGGAACAGAUGUAUAUUCUUAUGGUGUUACUCUGUUACAAUUGAUAUCAGGACGCCAAGUGGGUAAUUUCAAUAAUCCAGAUCAGCAACAACAAUCUCUCAGACAAUGGGCUGAGCCAAUAAUUGAGAAGUUGGUUUUACAAGAACUGAUCGAUCCUCGUUUGGGGGAAUCAUAUGACACAUAUGAACUAUACCUUAUGGCUAAAGCAGCAAAUUUCUGUAUGCAUAGAAAGCCUGAGAUGCGUCCAUCAAUGAGAGAGGUUGUGCGCCUUCUUGAGGGAGAAAGUUACCAUUUCCAUACCCUGGAUGGUCAAUUUGUAUCAAGCCAUAACACUUGAUCAAGGAUAACAGAGUUUUCAUCUACUCAUCAAUAUAUGUUAUUGGAGAAUUUUGUCAAUGCUAUUGCUUAUUUGUAGUCAUGAAUCAUAUUUAUGUUUCUUUUUUGUUUUUGUUUCUCUUUUGUGCUUGGGAGAUUAUUUAUUAGCUUUAAAUUGAAAUUUACAAGUGCCCUUAGGUCAUAAUAAUAGUAUUACUAUGUUAAGAUAAGGUCACGCUUUGUAACCAUUUGUGAAUCAGUGAUGCCAUUGCACUCCUUUGCUUUAAAAGUGUAA